GAGAGAAGGACCGGUGCCCAGGCGAAGAAGGUGGGAAAAAAAAAGAAAGCCAAGCGCAGCGCUUGCGGGAUGCUGAGCGAGGAGGCCAUGCAGGCGGCGGUGGAGGAAGGCUCCGGCGGGGGGGCUAAGCUCUACAAGACCCCCCCGCAGCAGCAGCACCACCAACAAGCCCCGCAGCAGCGCAGCCCCUACAGCGCGCUCAAGACCUUCCCCGGGGGGCGUCGGCCGGCGCUGAGCAAGCGCUACGAGCGGCCCACCAUGGUGGAGAUCCCGCAGGUGCGGGGGGCCGUGGGGCACUUCCAACCCCAGCCCCUGCCCGCCGUCGCCUCCUCUUCCUCGGCGCUGGGGGAGCCUCCCCCCCUGCCCUACCCUGCCCCCUUCCGCGCUUCCCACGGACCCCAGGCGCGCAGUUCGGCCCCGCCACUGGGAACCCAGGCAGCAGCAGCCGCCGCCUCCUCUUCCUCCUCUUCCUCUUCUUCCUCCUCCUCCUCCUCUUCCUCGUCGGCCAGGUACGGCCAACAUCACCAUCACCACCACCACCAUCACCACCAGGGGGCGCCAAGCAGCAGCACCGGCGAAGGGGCGCUGGAGCUGAGCGCAGAGAGCCGUUUGAUAUUGGAUGCUUUCGCUCAACAGUGCAGCCGAGUCCUUAGCCUGUUAAACUGCGGAGGGAAACUCCUGGACAACCAUCAUCCUCCGCCGCUCCCUUCCUGCGUGAAGCAAGAGAGCCAAGCUUUUAAUGAGAGACCGGAGCACUGCCAGCUUGGGAAAAUGGUCCACAGCCAGACCUCCGAAAACUUCGACUUCGAAUUGCAGUACAUGCAGAAAAAGCAACAGACCUCAGCGUUCCUGCGGGUGUUUACCGAUUCUCUCCAGAACUAUUUGCUUUCCGGAGGUUUCGCCGCGCAAAACCACGCCUCCUCGGCCGGGGAUUUUGGUCCUUUGGCCGACAUGGAGCCGCUGUCCACUUCUCCGGUGCACACGUUGGGGGGAUGGGCUUCCCCAGCGACUUCGGAGUCCCACGGUCACCCAUCGUCUUCCACGCUCCCCGAGGAGGAGGAGGAAGAGGAGGAAGGCUACUGCCCGCGAUGCCAAGAGUUGGAGCAGGAGGUCAUUUCGUUGCAACAAGAAAACGAGGAACUCCGGAGAAAGUUGGAGAGCAUUCCAGUGCCCUGCCAAACUGUUUUAGACUAUUUGAAGAUGGUCCUUCAGCAUCAUAAUCAACUGUUGAUGCCGCAGACGGUGGAGCAGCCGGCAGAGGGGAGCAAGCAAUUGCUGAACAAUUACCCCGUCUUCAUCACUAGCAAACAGUGGGAUGAGGCCGUCAACUCCUCCAAGAAAGACGGGCGGCGUCUCCUUCGGUACCUCAUCAGAUUUGUCUUCACCACCGAUGAGCUUAAGUACUCGUGCGGCCUUGGAAAAAGAAAAAGGUCAGUGCAGUCAGGAGACACUGGUCCUGAAAGACGCCCUCUGGAUCCAGUGAAAGUAACAUGUCUCAGAGAAUUCAUUCGGAUGCAUUGUACCUCUAACCCGGAUUGGUGGAUGCCUUCCGAAGAACAAAUCAACAAGGUUUUCAGCGACGCGGUGGGACACGCCCGGCAAGGAAGGGCGGUGGGGACAUUCCUGCACAACGGGAACUCGUACUACGACGGGAUUGACCAACAUAGUUGCCACGAGGAUCUCUUCGGCAGAGGUAUUCACGAUGGCUCCGGAGACUGACGGCGGGAACGGAAGGGCAAUCCGGACGGGGAGGGGGGGACGCAAGCGAAGGACAAAGAGAUUGGGUGUUCGGUGUUCUGUUUUAAUGUGAAUUAAGGACCCAAAGCAUGUUGAAAAUUGAGUUUUGUCCUAGGGCGGUGCGUAAAAAUUGACUCCUGCAGCCAGAUGUGCAUCAUCUUUAGGGAAGUGUGGUUGUGUUGUCAUUGAUGCCAGAUUGUGAAAAACCUGGUUUAAACGCUCGUCUUGCAAGCAAAGAAGGGAAUACAGGUAAUCUUCGAUUUACCAUUGGUUUAGUGACCGUUCGAAGUUAAGACGGAACUAGGGGAAAAAAGGGACCGUAGGACCGUUUUUCACGCCUACGACCUUUGCAGCAUCCCCAUGGUCACAUGAUCAGACACUUGGCCAGUGACUCAUCUUUAUGACGAUGGCAGUCCUCAUAUUUAUGACUGCAACCGUCAUAAAUAUGAGGCAGCUGCCAAGCGUUUGAAUUUGGAUCACGUGAUUCCUGGGGGGGGGGGGCUGCAACGGACAUAAGUCCUAAAAUCCCUUUUUUUCUGUGCCGUUGUAACCUCGGAACGGUUACUAAGCGAAUGAUUGUAAGUGGAGGGCAACCUGUAUGAAAAUUUUCCCUGUAAUUGAAAGAUAUCCAAAACAUCGGCAUGGAUCUAUGGGGUGGGAUCAUGGGGGGAAACCUCCUUUUGUUUGGGGAGUUGCCCGUAAUCCAUAUUUGUGUUUAUGGUUUUCUUCAGAAGGCGCUUAAAUUAUUCUCCCAUUCUGGUAGGUCUGCAUUAGCCAAUCAAACCCAGGUUAAGAGAAAACAGAUUUUCUCUCCUUGUUUCAUUAGGUGCAAUCACAAUUUUGCUUUUUAACUUUCCUUCGUCACAUCCUUUCUUUCUUUUUCUUUCUUUCUUCCUUCCUUCCCUUUCUUUCUUUCUUUUCUUUCUUUCUUUGUUCCUUCCGUCCUUCCUUCCCUCUUUCUUUUUCUUUGUUCCUUCCUUCUUUCUUUGUUUGUUCCUUCCUUCCUUCCCUUUCUUUCUUUGUUCCUUCCUUCCUUCCUCGCUCCCUCCCUUCUUUUUUUUUCUUUCUUUUUAUUUCUCUUUCUUUCGUUUUUCUUCUUUCCCUUUCUUUCCUUUUUUCUUUCUUUGUUCCUUCCUUCCUUCCUUCUUUCUUUGUUCCUUCCUUCUUUCCUUCCCUUUCUUUUUCUUUCCUUGUUUCUUCCUCCCUUCUUUUUCUUUCUUUUUCUUCCUUCCUUUCUUUUCUUUCUUUCUUUGUUCCUUCCAUCCUUCCUUCCCUUUCUUUCUUUCUUUCUUUGUUCCUUCCUUCUUUCUUUUUGUUCCUUCCUUCCUUCUUUUUCUUUGUUCCUUCCUUCCUUCCUUCCUCCCUCCCUUUCUUUGUUUCUUUCUUCCUUCCCUUUUUUUUUCUUUGUUCCUUCCUUCUUUCUUCCUUCCUUCCUUCUUUCCUUCCCUUUCUUUCUUUGUUCCUUCCUCCCUUUUUUCUUUGUUCCUCUCUCUCUCUCUCUCUCUCUCUCUCUCUCUCUCUUUCUUUCUUCUUUCCUUUCCACAAUCACCCCCCGUUUUGAUUCUUAGUUUCUUAAAUCUGUGGCAUUGCAGUCAUGCGUGCUAAAUGUGGGUGAAUAAGAUGAAGUUUAAACUACGAGUGGUGCAGUAGUCUAGAGGUUGGAGCUCUCAACUCACAAUCAGGAGGCUGUGAGUUUGAUUCCAGGUAGAGGCAGGUAUUUUCUCUCUCUGGGCAUGAUUAAAUUUAUCUGCUGAACAAAACUCCGCACUGGCGACAGGAAAGGCAUCUGGCCAUUAAAACACCCUGCUAGCUCCAUUGAGUUGCCCAGACUCCACUCCACAAGGGAUUAUGGAGGGAUUAACUGAUGAUGAUGAUUUAAAGACCAUCUUUAUGAAUUAAAGCUAAAAAGGCAGUCUAAAUAUCCACAAGGAAGACCAUUCUGAAUACAACAUUAGAAACAUUAAACUGGGAGUACCAAAGGUGCUUUUUUCCUUUUCAAAAGGCAAUUGGACUUCGUUUUUCUUUGAAGAUAGAUCUUUUUUUUAAUAUAAAUUAUGUUUCUUUUAAGGGAGGUGUUUUGGGUUUUGUAUUUUUUUUUUUAAGAAAUUGAAAGAGGAAAAUUGGAAGCCUGAUUGAUUGCAAGGCCAUGCUCAACUCAUUUUCAUUUCAAUUCCAUUGGAAUGGAAAGGAGCUUAAUCAUUAUUAUUUUUUAAACCCCUCGGCUCCUUCAAACUUUUAUUUGGAAGAAAUGUCAAUUUUUGCCAUCUUACUCUAAUUUGGAGAUUUCACCCCCACAUCUCUUCCUCCAUCGAAUCUGCUAAUCUAAUCGGUAGAAUUUCGAAGCCACCGGAAA